CACUCUCGUUCAAGAAGCGAGUAAUCCAAAUGACAGACAGAGAACGAAUGAACGAACGAAUGACUGGAUGAUUGAACGACUGAAUGCUGAGACUCGCAGCGGAUGAAUGCUCUGAAGAACUGAAAGUCAGUACCAGUAGACACGCUGGACUUCUUAUACUCUCGCCAACCAUCACCAUCGAGCCGAAUACAGGGACCAAGACCAGGACCAGACCCUUUCUAGGGCCAUCCGUAUCCAUGACAUCGUCGUCCAAAGGGUCAGGACCAGGGCCAGGGACAGACAGGGCCAUGCAAGGCCCACGAGACAGUCAGUCGUCCCUAUCGAAUCUCAUCCACGCUGUGGCCUCGUCCUCAUGGAACCGAGCCGAUCUGAUCAGAUCUAGCCACUCUGCAGGAGACGGAGACACCCCUUCGCAACGUCAGAGCAGUCUCAUCGGAGGCAUCGAUGAUAAGAUAGGGAGGGAUGGGACAUGAUCAUCCGGACCUGGGGCGGAUGCAAGGAGACAAGGAAGCCAUUGUUACUAUAUGGUUACUUCGAGUUCCGCGAGUACAAUAGAAAGUAAC